UGACGGGACAGACCCAGAAGACUCGCAGACCCGCAGACCGCCAGAGCGACCGACAGACAGACAGACCGACAGACAGACAGGUGAUGAAGAUGGUCUCAUCCCCGCGCCUCCGCUGCCUCCUCCUGCUCCUCCUCUCCCUCACCGCCUCCAUCAGCUGCUCCUCCGCCGCCGCACAGAGAGACUCCAAACUCCGCCUGCUGCUGCACCGGACCCCGCUGCUGGGCUCCAAACAGGACAUGUCUCGGUCCUCCCUGGCGGAGCUGCUCCUGUCGGACCUCCUGCAGGUGGAGAACGAGGCUCUGGAGGAGGAGAAUUUCCCUCUGGCCGAAGGAGAACCUGAAGAUAUCCACAUGGAUCUGGAACGGGCCGCCGGCAGCGGGCCGCUGCUCGCCCCCCGAGAGAGGAAAGCCGGCUGCAAGAACUUCUUCUGGAAGACCUUCACCUCCUGCUGAGAGCCUCCUCAUCCUCCCCUCCUCUUCAUCACUCACUGUACAAACGGAUCCUGAGUAGUUUGGACGAACUGUGUAGAUUUUUCUGGGCUGAUUCUUUCUGAAUGUAAAACUUGAUGAAACUAUUUUUAAUUGUCGGUUUGAAUAAAAUCUGUUUGAGACAAA